AUGCCCUAUUCGGUCCUGUUCGUAUGCCUAGGGUACGUUAUCCCACCACCUCCUUCGCCCCCUUCUACCGCUCUCCACCGUCCCCGUCCCCGUCCCCGUCCCCGUCCCCGUCCCCGUCCCCGUCCCCCCCCCCACGCCUGCACUACUAACAACCCCUUACCUCCCCCUCCUUUUACCCAAAAGUAACAUCUGUCGCUCCCCGCUAGCCGAAGCCGUCUUUGCGCACUUGGUCCAAUCGCGCGGUCUUUCCAAUUCAUUCGACAAGAUUGAUUCGGCCGGAACGGCGGGCUAUCACGUUGGCGAGGAACCGGAUGAGAGGUGCGUUUACAAGUUCGCGACACGAGAGGAUCGGUGCGGUGGGUGAAGCUGAUUUUUUGGCGGGGGUUGUGGGUCGGUCGGUGUGAUGGUGUGGUGGUGGUGGUCGACGAUGUAUUCGAGGUGCAAUAGGAGCGUCGCGACGUGUAAGAAGCAUGGCGUGCCGAUCAAUUCGCUGUGUCGGCAAUUACAGGUACCUACCUGAACUACUACCCAACGUUCCCUGUAACAGGAUACACACCAUUACUGACGAAUCGCCUUCUCAUCCCUAUUACGUGAAUAGAAAUCCGAUUUCGACGACUUUGACGUCAUCGUCGGUAGUACGUUUUCGGAGCCUCGCCAACUUCCGUCGUAGAUCUACUUUCAAAGACUGAAUUUCCUUUCUUCAAACUGUCGAAACAAACAGUGGACACCAUGAACAUGACCAAUAUUGAAAAGUCAGCCCCGCCACUCCUGACCCAAAACAUAAAUUCGAAUCCGAAAUCCGACCAAAAAAAGUCCGAGAAGAAUCUGAUCCCUUCACUUACUCCAACUCCAAUUCCACUUGCUACAGAAUCCGACCCAAAAACUCGAAAGCCAAAGUAUGCCUCUUUGGUGCGUACGGCGACGGCAAGGUCAUUCAAGAUCCUUAUUAUGUGAGCCAUAUCCCGCGGGUGGGCGCUGGGUUGAUAGGUGAUGUGUUGAACAAGACUGACAGAACCCCUUUUUCUAUUGAUUUGAUCCGUAGGGCGGCCCAGGGGGAUUCGAAAAGACGUAUCAACAAGUAAGACGAACCUUCCUCCAGUGGCAUUCAACUUUAACCGACUUAAUGAACGUGUACCCAUCAGUGCUUGGCCUACAGCGAAGGACUCUUGGCCGAUCUUGGAUUCGGGAAAGAUUCGAAUGGGUCGGAAGGUGGGAAGGCUGGGAAUGGGAGACUGUGA